AUGAGCUUCCCUGUCAAAUUCCAUCACAAAACUCAUAGACUUUGUUUCACCAAAGUAGACACUCAAGCGAAACAUUCCACUUAUAAAAGAAGGGGUGGUGAACUUGACAUGGAUCUCACCAUAUCUGCAGUUGCAAGCGAAUUUGUUAGCCGCUUCAUCUCCUUCCUCAUAAACAAGUACUCCUACUCAAGCCAUGUGCGAUUAGAGGAGAAGGUGGAGAGAUUGCAGCAUCUCCUAAUGAGAGUACACACGGUCGUUGAAGAAGCAGAUGGGAGAUAUAUCAUGAACUCCAGGAUGGUGAUGCAGCUCCAGUUGCUUUCAGAGGCCAUGUACCAAGGCUACCAUGUUGUUGACACCUUCAGGUACCAAAGCUUUGUGGACAAAGGCAUCAGCGAGGUUUGCAACUCAUCUAUUUUGCCUUUCGCCAUUCCUCUUAAGCGUACUCGCACAAUUGAAUGUACAAGAAGGGACAAAGUAGUGAACCUUGAUUUAGAUGGUGCCUUGAAAACCAUGCAAAGUGUUGUGGCUAACAUGAUGGAGUUUGUUGUGCUUUUGGGUGGAUGCGACCGCAUGGUGCGUAGACCAUAUGAUUCAUAUCUUUACUAUGAAAAUAUCAUGUUUGGACGCCAUGCCGAAAAGCAAAUGCUCUUGAACUUCUUGUUGCAACAGAACACGCCUGGUGAUGAACCAUCUGUUCUUCCAAUCAUAGGUGGUUGCACAGUCGGCAAGAAAACGUUGGUUGCUCAUGUGUGCCGCGAUGAGAGGGUGCAGUCGCGCUUCUCUUCGGUUUUGCACUUGAGUGGAGAAAACCUGCUGAAAAUUCUUGAGCAUGAAAGUACCAUGUUAGGCAAAAUGUUGGUAGUUGUUGAGUUUGCUUCCAAUAUAGAUGACAACGAUUGGAGAACAUUCCACUCAUUUGUUAAAAGGUUGGCUAGAGGUAGCAAGGUGAUCAUCAUAAGUAAACUCCAAAGAUCAGCCAGAUUUGGAUCAGUGAAGCCAAUUUUUCUCAAUAAUUUGUCCUUCGAGGAAUUAUGGUACCUAUUCAAGACACUGGCAUUUGGAAGUGCAAACCCGGAAGAACAUCCACGACUAGUACCAAUAGCACAAGAAUAUGCCAAGAUGUUGCACAUGGAAGAGUCACUUCUUGUUAUAAAUCCAGUUGCAGAUGUACUGAGGAACAACCUGAAUGUCCAAUUCUGGCUUUUCCUACUAAAAAAAAGAAGAAGAAUGCUUGAAAGGAACCUCUCUAUAUAUGGUGUGGAUCUGAAAAUACAAAUGGAACAAGGUUAUCCACUUGACUUAACAGAUUAUGCUAUGAAUCCACUGCGCGCGAUACCUUAUUCAGCCAUAGUUCCAAGAAAGAAGGAAUUACCAACGGUGACACUUGGGGAUCUCGUGGCAGAUCCUAGUGUUAGGCCAAAAGGGGAGUUCAAUUUAGUGACAUGGGAAUCAAGGAUUCCUCCUUACAAUUCAGCAUCUUACUUUGUUCCGGACUGGGUUCAGGAUAUGCGUGAAGGUACCCUCUUGCCAGGGAGGAAGCGACGCGAAUUCCAUGUAUAA